GUAGGUGUCUGUUCUCUGCUGGGUACUGAAACACACAGCAAGCAGGAUGUAGCCCAGUAUCGACACUAUGCAGGCAUCACACUGGUGGUAACCUGCUGCUGCCACAACAAGCCGUUGCCCGGUGUAUUUAAAACGAGGCAUGCGCAAAUAUGCAAUUGUGGAGACCAGUGAAAUGACUAUAUAGCACGGUUCCCUAGCUGGCGUCCCGCUGCUGACUCUUGUUGAUGAUCCCUGCUGUAUAGCCUUCAGUCCUGCUGAUUUGAAUAGUAUCAAGCCCGUGAUCAGAGCAACAGACGGCUCUUUGGGGAUCUCAUUUUCAUCCACUUCAGUCCUCUAUGUGAGACAAGCAGGAUGGGCUGUUCCACGAGUACCCAGACAACAGCGCAGGACACCACCAGACAGCCCAGCUCUAAACCAGAGGAAAGCAAUGGAACCAGCACUACAGGGGCGGCUAAUGAGAACGGUAAGGUUGCGGAGGACAGUGAGACCAUCCCAGAUCACACAGUGACCGUGGCAGCCACAGGAGGGGAGGCCCAAGCCGAGGCUCCUGCAGACACCACAGACCCAGCCCCUGCAGCGGAGACCCUGGCCCAGAGUGAGACCAAGCCUGCAGCUGAUGCUCCUGCAGCAGCCACUUCCCCCGAGCAGCCAGCCAGCUCUCCAGAGCCUCCCCCUGCAGCCCAGGACCCUGCAGCUGAGGUCCCAGCAGAGGCCGAUACAACUGCAACGAGCCCCUAAUCAGGGAAAUGAAGCCGGUCUUCCCAUUGUUGUGGAUGAAGAAUCUGCAUGAAUGUCCUAAUUUGAAAGCGAGAGAGGAUGACAAUAUAUACACACCACUUGCCUGUUGCCAAGCUGCAGACCAGCUGAUCUCUGUGACCAGGAUCAAUCGGUCAUCAUUGUGCCUUUUUCCUCUGUAAAUACUCUACUUCCUGUGCAUUUAGUUGUAUUAUUAGUAUUGUUUAUGAAACAUUCAUUAGAUAAUUGCUUCAAAGUAACUUAUAAAUGCUUAUUAAUAUUUGCUUGAAUCUAAAAUCUACAUUUCUGGUGACUAGAGUUUGUAUUACAGCCUUGUAACGACGUGGGAUCAAGUAUGUGGGAAAAAGUAUGUGGGAUCAAGUAUGUGGGAUUAAGUAUGUGGGAUUAAGCGACCAACACUAAUUUGUCAGAAUUAUUCAUUCAGGAACAACUUGACACACAUAUUUGAGAAAUGAAGCCAACAACUAUUAGACAUGUACAUGAUGUUUUUACAGCUGGCUUGGAUUGUACAGCCCAUGUUACGACCAUGUUAUAAGGGUAUAUAAUAUGACCAAGUUGUUAAGCUCUAUGACCAUGUUGUUAAGCUCUAUGACCAUGUUGUAAGGGUAUAUAAUAUGACCAUGUUGUUAAGCUCUAUGACCAUGUUGUUAAGCUCUAUGGCCAUGUUAUAAGGGUAUAUAAUAUGACCAUGUUGUUAAGCUCUAUGACCAUGUUGUUAAGCUCUAUGGCCAUGUUAUAAGGGUAUAUAAUAUGACCAUGUUGUUAAGCUCUAUGACCAUGUUGUUAAGCUCUAUGACCAUGUUAUAAGGGUAUAUAAUAUGACCAUGUUAUUAAGCUCUAUGACCAUGUUAUUAAGCUCUAUGACCAUGUUGUUAAGCUCUAUGGCCAUGUUAUAAGGGUAUAUAAUAUGACCAUGUUGUUAAGCUCUAUGACCAUGUUGUUAAGCUCUAUGACCAUGUUGUUAAGCCCUAUGACCAUGUUGUUAAGCUCUAUGACCAUGUUGUUAAGCUCUAUGGCCAUGUUAUAAGGGUAUAUAAUAUGACCAUGUUGUUAAGCUCUGUGACCAUGUUGUUAAGCUCUAUGACCAUGUUGUUAAGCUCUAUGGCCAUGUUAUUAAGCUCUAUGACCAUGUUGUUAAGCUCUAUGACCAUGUUAUAAGGGUAUAUAAUAUGACCAUGUUGUUAAGCUCUAUGACCAUGUUGUUAAGCUCUAUGACCAUGUUAUAAGGGUAUAUAAUAUGACCAUGUUGUUAAGCUCUAUGACCAUGUUGUUAAGCUCUAUGGCCAUGUUAUAACGGUUUGAAUAAAACAGUUACUGAA